CCGCCGCCAGGGGGCAGGACUGCGGCAGCGGCAGCGGCAGAGCCCUCAGCAGAGCCGGGAGCAGCGCCAGUAGCAGCGGCAGCAGCAGCGGAGCCGCGGGUCAGUACGCGGUGCACUCCUCAGACGGCGAGCAGCAGGACGCCAGCGGCAGCUACGUCACCGUCUGCCAGAACCUGCAAGCGGACAGCGACUCUGAAGCAGAGCCAGAACCAGCAGCAGAGGCAGCAGAAGGGCAUGAGGCCGCCAGCGGAGGUUGCUGCACUCUGACCAGGAGCAGGGCGAGAACCAGGAGCUCUGCCUUCAGAAGCAGAAGUAGCAGCAGCAGCAGCAGCAGGGGGCAGCGCGGGACAGCCGACCGCUGCGGCGGCGGAGCUCAGCAGCAGCAGCAACAACAAGACGCAGAAGACAUGUCGCGCCGGCCACAGGUGUUGCGGGUGACGGACUCUGCCAACUCGGUGCUGACGCCGCGCAGGUCCCCGGGCACGCCCCCGACGCCGCCCCCCGCGCCGGCCGUCGUCGCGACGCUCACCACGUGCCCCGCGGCCGCGCCGCCGCCUCUCGACGCCAAGGCGAUGCGCCUCCACCAAGAGGCCGCGCUCUCUGACGCCUCCUUCAGGGCGCUGAGCUGCAAGGACGGCGAGUCUCCUGCGCACGCGCAGUCGCAGUCGCAGUGCCACUCGCUGGAGCGCGGCGCGCGCUUCGGACUGCACAGGUCGGUGCCGGGGCGCCUGGACGCGCACAGCCAGGGCGAGCACGACCAGGGAGGGUCGGACAGCCAGCAGCAGCAGGAGCCUCUGGAGGCGGCGCUGGACGGGCUGGCGCGCUACCUGCAGUCCAACAGGCAGGGGCUGCGCGACCUGCUGCUCACCAGCGCGCUCGUCGUCGUGGAGCCGCUGCCGGCGCGCGCGCGCACCUGCCGCAUCGCCGGCGCCACCGUCAAGGCAGCCUCCGCGCACGGGCCGCCUCCUCCGGGGGCGGCCGCGGGAGGCGGGGGCGGCGCCGCCGUGGAGCGCGCCAAGAGCUACACCAUCCCGCGCGCGCUACGCUUCUUCCACCCCAAGCGCCACAACAGGGAACUGCUGGACGAGGAGCUGCCAGACCCGGACACGGUGCGCCGCGCGCGGCAGGUGUUCGAGGCGACGCUGGCCGCCGGGGGAGGCGGAGGCGCCGCCCCCACGCCCCCCGCCUCCGGGCGGCGAGCGCUGUCCGCCCCCGGCCGCCGCUGGACGGACUGCGGCAGCGUCUCGUCCGGAGUGUCCAGUGACCUCAGCAGCUCGUACGAGGCGCGCAGCUCCAGGGGGUCGGACUCGGACCGCGGCAGCGGCGACGACGAUGACGACGACGAAGACGAGGAAGACGCGGGCCGCGGCGGCAGCCCGGCUGGAGAGGCGCGCGUGUCUGGAGAGGUGCUGGAGCGCAUCCGCGCGCGCGGCCUCAGCGUCACCUACUACGGGGGGCGGGUGGUGGCGCGCACCCCCGCGCCGCCCCCGGUCGCCGCCGUGCUCAGCGAGAUCGGCGGCGGCGGCGGCGCGGGCUUCCGCCUCGUCAAGAGCCACAGCUGCGGCUCCAGGCUGCAGCUGGCGGCCGACGUGGGUAGCAGUCCCAGUGAAGUCGGGCCGGUCUUCACCUCCACCCUGGGAGACGUCUCGCUGCGGCCGCCGCCGCCCCAGGAGGAGCCGAAGAGCAGGAAGAGCGGCAAGGAGGCGGCCGACAGCCGGCUGGCCGCCUACUGCGGCGGGGGCGUGGCCGCCCAGCCCAGGCGCUACCCCGACAUGGAGUUCGAGGAGUUCCAGGUGCUGGAGGACGGCGCUGGAGUCCAGGGCCAGAGGGGGGCCGUCUGCGGGGCCGCCUGAUGCCGAGCGCGCGCCCUAGGUUAGCUGGCGUGGGCUCCACACGUGUUCCCGGCUACCUGUCACUUGUACCUGCAGGCACGUGGCGUCCCAACACCGUGGUGUCCCCUUUACUUGGUAGGCUCGCUAACUACUUCACAAAAUCAGUUGACCACAUCACAGCGGCAGAUGUUAUACAUUUUACAUUCCAGUUGUUGUUGUUGUGGUCUUCAGUCCUGAGACUGGUUUGAUGGAGCUCUGCAUGCUACUCUAUCCUAUGCAAGCUUCUCCAUCUCCCACUACGUACUGCAGCCUACAUUUUUCUGAAUCUGCUUAGUGUAUUCAUCUCUUGGUCUCCCUCUACGAUUUUUACCCUCCACGCUGCCCUCCAAUGCUAAAUUGGUGAUCCCUUGACGGCUCAGAACAUGUCUUACCAACCGAUCCCUUCUACUAGUCAAGUUGUGCCACAAACACCUCUUAUCCCCAAUUCUAUUCAAUACCUCUUCAUUAGUUAUGUGAUCUACCCAUCUAAUCUUCAGCAUUCUUCUGUAGCACCACAUUUCGAAAGCUUCUAUUCUCUUCUUGUCCAAACUAUUUAUCGCCCAUGUUUCACUUGCAUACAUGGCUACACUCCAUACAAAUACUUUCAGAAAAGACUUCCUGACACUUAUACCUAUACUCGAUGUUAACAAAUUUCUCUUCUUCAGAAACGCUUUCCUUGCCAUUGCCAGUCUACAUUUUAUAUCCUCUCUACUUCGACCAUCAUCAGUUAUUUUGCUCCCCAAAUAACAAAACUCCUUUACUACUUUAAGUGUCUCAUUUCCUAAUCUAAUUCCGUCAGCAUCACCCGACUUAAUUCGACUACAAUCCAUUAUCCUCGUUUUGCUUUUGUUGAUGUUCAUCUUAUAUCCUCCUUUCGAGACACUGUCCAUUCCGUUCAACUGCUCUUUCAAGUCCUUUGCUGUCUCUGACAGAAUUACAAUGCCAUCGGCGAACCUCAAAGUUUUUAUUUCUUCUCCAUGGAUUUUAAUACCUACUCCGAAAUUUUCUUUUGUUUCCUAUACUGCUUGAUCAAUAUACAGAUUGAAUAACAUCGGGGAGAGGCUACAACCAUGCCCCACUCCCUUCCCAACCACUGCUUCCCUUUCAUGUCCCUCGACUCUUUUUUAACUGCCAUCUGGUUUCUGUACAAAUUGUAAAUAGCCUUUCGCUCCCUGUAUUUCCAGUUAGUGAUCGCAAAACUUCUUUGCAUCGGGUAAUUAAUUUCAGUCCGUAAUGAGCUUCGUAAGGUCUUGACUGUCACUGUGCAUAUCUCUAUGACCACUAUGUUAGUCUAGAACAAUACUCUAAAGUCUACACAGGACUUUCUUAAUAAAGGAAUACCACAUAACUGAUUCUCCCCACAAACUGAAAAUGUCAACUCGACAGUUCUCGAUACGGCAACAGAAUGAAAAUAUUUUUGUAUGUCCAUCUGUUUCUUUCCUUCGCUAUCGACACUGGCGACAGUGGGAUUUUGCUCCAGGGCCUACGUUCUUAUCGGCCUGGGUUCGUGCAACUACUUGCUCUCGCGAUGCUAAUGCGAUCGUCGUCACACAACGAAGACGUGUGUCGUCCCUCGAGAUGAUCCAAAACACAUAACAAAGCCGCACGACAGUUGCCCUCUACUAAAUACUAAGUCACCGUGUCGUCAUUAUAGUUCGCGAGCACCAUUCACCAGAAACGUAGGCGUAGGAUCGUGCAUCACUCUUCUGGAGUGAUACGUUAACACCACCCUGUCUGUGCAGGUACAGCUGACAGGUAAACAGGAACCUGUGUGGCGUGGCGUGCCGCCCUUUUAGACAGCAGGAGACUGAUGGCCCUAGCGCCGAGGGCACGGCGGGGCUAAGGGCUACCGUCAACACGCAAGUAGGCGCGCUUUCGGCACACCGUUGCGCCCAUCCCUAUUACAGGGAUAAACAAACUGAGCUCCACGUCGACAGCUUGCAGACGCGCACUUCAAGCUUGUAAAUACAAAUGUAAUGUUAAAUCUCUAUCUGGUAAGCAGUGUUCACCAAAGUCCUAUCGUAGCGGCAUCGUCUCUGGAGUGCAACCUUUCGCUCUGGAUUCCUUCUUUUCAUUAUUUUCGACUCUCAUUCUGUACCGCACGCUGUAGUAAUAACAAUGCAGUCCCCCCAAGCACAUAAAUAUUUCGGGGGCUGUGUAGCUGUCUCUGCGUGACUGGGCAGCCAUCGUAGCGUCAACGGGACAGAGUCGAAACCAAAGAUUGCUCUUUCCAAAGACAGCACACGUCCCCCGUGUUGUUGAGAACGUCACCAGUUGCCGUUACGAGGCAGAUCCCUAAAAAAUGACGAGUGACAGCUUCGUAUUUCCGCAUACACUACAUGGCAGACCACACACAAAGCGCGCACUUUCAUACCUCGACAGUACUGCAUAGUCGUCAAAUGCACCAGAUUACUAAAUGGAAACAGAGCUAUACCGCUUGUGAAGAUUAGGCAUGGAUCAAGUCAGCUACUGCUACUGCAUGUCCUUGUCAGGUUUGGAAGAAGUGAGGUCAACAAUGUGUGAAGUACUGUAAUACAGCAGCAAACUAAAGCAAAGGAUGAGUGAGACAGAGAAAGAGAGAUUACACAGAGUGUAAGGGUGUAAGUGCAUGUAUUUCCGUUGGUGGCUGAGGACGGUGUACGGAACAACAUCAAUAUUUAUGUCAUUUGCAGACUAAUAAUUAUAGCUAUUACAACUUGUAUGUUUUUAGGUUCGGUAGUAUCUCUUCGUAGGUGUGGCACAAGCAAGCCGUUAAUGUCUAUUUUCCCCCUGGGCAGCAGGUCAGGCAGCGAAAUGUGGAUUCGGGGAGGCAGAAGGGUAGCCUAUACUGACAAGUAUGGUGCAGUUAAGACUGUGCAGAAAACAUCAGGUCGUAAGGUUUGUGAUGCGUUUUCGGGAAGAUUGUUCGAUUCAGAUAAAAAGAGCGAACACACUGAUGUUUAUACAUAUUAAAUUAUACCUGUUACACCCUGUAUAUGUGGGACAGGGAAAGGGAGGGAGCAGCAAGCCCUCGGCGUGUGUAAUGUCCGAGAGACACGCGGGCUGAAGGGCUGACUCCCAGACAAGGAGAUGAGAGCUAGUGUGUAGCAGCAGGGUCCGUGUGGUUCUGUCUACCUGUACUUGUAUCUUGUAUCUACGAUAUGAAUGUAAUUUAGAGCAAUAAAGACAUGUACCCCACGGAAA